AUGUCUGAUCGGUGGUCCUCGAGCACCAUGCUGGCUGGAGGGCGAGAGCCAAACUGGAUGCGAUCCUCUCUCGUCGACGCAGGAGGGUGGCGCCUUCACACCCCAGCAGGAGGAUGGGAGCCUUGGGGCACCACAGGAGGAGGCACCAAGAAUGGCUCUUCGCCAGGAUCGGCAAUGGUGCAUGAUGUGACGGUGGCCGACGAGGACGUCGAUGUCCUAGAGUGCGGCAUCUGCUACUGUCCGCUGAAGCCACCCAUCUUCCAGUGCGCCAAGGGGCAUGUGGUGUGCUCGCUGUGCUCCGACAGGCUCAAGGACGCCGUCAAAUGCCACGUAUGCCGCGUCGCGAUGCCUGGCGGCUACCAGCGGUGCCACACCAUGGAGCGCGUGGUGGACUCCGUCCGCAUGCCGUGUCCGCACGCGCCGUACGGCUGCGACACGAGGACUGCAUACCACCUCCAGGAGGAGCACCUCCUGGAGUGCCCGCACGCGCCGUGCUGCUGUCCCGGCAACGCCUGUUGCUUCAUCGGCUCCGUAGCGAUGCUCGUUAUGCACCUCAAGGCGGUGCAUGGCUGGCCAUGCACUGCUGACAUCCGUGCCGGCGAGUCCUUUGGCGUCUACCUCCGCGAUGGCUUCAACUUCCUCACAGCCGUCCGUGGCAGCACCCAGUACCUGCUCCUGCUGAACAUGGCGAGUACACCGUUCGACCACGCUAUCUCUGCGGUCUUGGUAGGCUCUCUUGCCGCCACACCGUUCGACCACGCUAUCUCUGCGGUCUUGGUAGGCUCUCUCGCCGCCACGGCCAUCAGCUCCUCGUCACCGGCGACAAGCAAGAACACCACAUGUGAACUCGAGCUCUACUUCAUGCAGUUCAAGCAUGUCCAGCUCCUCCAGCGUGGGCAUUACCAGAAAUCUCGGUUCCAAGUUGAAUGCAUGUGUCCCUCGAAUGGGCUGCCAGAUCCUGCCAGAUCCCAACGCCUCUUUCCAGUUCUUCGUCCCAAAGUAUGCUGA